CGUUGGCUCCACUGACAUUCGAGGCGAACAAAUUUGACAACAUUGGGGGGAAAACACCAGAAACGAAACAAAUUCCUCCAAAACCAACCCUACGCUUACAACGUAACAUCGGGACGGGUACAAAAAUUGCGCUAGCAGACAAAUUCCCAAUUCCAAUAGGAAUCAAACGAGCAAGAUGCUGGUAAGAUUCCUUACCAGCGUUCGCGUCCAGUCGUCGUCUUCGUUGUGUGUACUUUUGUUCCUUGUGUUUUCGUGAAGAAGCAGUAAACACAGUACUGCGACGUGUGAAGAGUAGAGUUCCGUGUACGUAUCCCCGUCCCCCCGUCCCCGUGCGUAUCCCCUUAACGUUAUGGAAGCGAAGCAAGAUCAUUCCGCUGCGCCAGUGAAGGAGCUGCUCCAGUGCACCAUCGAUGGCUGCCAGCAAAUUUACCCCUCCGAGGGGUACUGCAGUGUGCACACGAAAAAGCACGACCUCAGCCUGAACCUGCAGAUGCCCCAGAAGGGCGCGGGCGGGGGACUGUUUGCGGACCAAACGCCAACCCCGACGCGAUUGAUCGGCAAGUGCGAGGAGGUCGGGCUGUUCGAGGACCUGCAGAAGGUGAACCCGUUCGACGAGACGUUCCGGCGGGCGGUCGAAUCGGGCGCUAGCAGCGUUUCCUCCCUCACCGACGACAAGUCGCCGCCUACCUUUCCACUGAUCCCCCUGACAACCGCACCCUUUCUUCGCGCGGUUGAGGGCGAAACCUUACACACGCCACACAUAUUCCCGAGUGGGAUCGAGCGAUCCUCCCUGCUUGAGGGGGCCGCCAGCGUGGGGGCAAGUGAGAAUGUUACCAUCGCAUCCAAGCAACCGAGGGUGAAAGCUAGAGCGAGCAGAGCAUCCCCUCGUGGCAAACAGCAGCAAGAGCAAGCAACUGCCACCACCACCACUACCAACAUCACUACGAGUUCCUUGCCCUCCACCUCCUCGACCGCCAUUAGCCAAGCUCCGAAAAAGACCCCGGUAAAGCGUAAAACACCGGCCCCAGUGGUGGACAUACUACCGAAACCGGCUCCACCCAUCGACAUCGCAUCAAUUCCGGUGAUUAUCAUUCCGUCCGAUCCGUCGGACCCAACUCUACCCGCCGAAGGGACGGUGCUGGUGAAGGAGAAGCUGAAGGAACAUUUGGCGAAGGUGCGCGAAACGGCCUCGGUGCCGAAGGCAAGCGCGCCGGUCAGCAAACGACAAAAGCGCACGGAAGAAAAACCGGCCACGGCCAGCAAAACCGAGGCAAAAUCGAACGAUGGUACCGGUUCACCGGGCGAGCAGGAAAAUAUAAAACAGAAACGAUGGAAGGAGGCCGCCAAGCGCUACCGAGUGCGCGUCAAGAAAUCUCAGGAUCAGCUGCUGCAGCGUAACAUUGAUCUGGAGGAGGAAAACCUUCGCCUGCGUACGCAGCUGACCGAGCUGAGAACCGCACACCGAAGCUGUAACGUAACGCGCGCUCAAAAUGCAGCGAAACAGGCCCAGCUUACAUCACAAGCCGCUGCUACAAUCGGUCGGGUUGAAAGUGUGCAGCAGGAAGCGAACGCAAUGCUGCUGAACACGGUCGAGCAGUCGCAGCAACUGCACCUGUUGCAGCAGCAGCAGCAGCAGCAGGUGCAGCAGCAUGUGCAGCAGCAACUGCAGCUACAGAUACAACAGCAGCCAGAACCGAUGUCCAUCCCCCAGCAACGAUUGAUAACAUCGCACAUCAUCGAUAGUAACUCGUUUAACCGUAUGCCGAUAUUUAUUGUGAUGGGAUCGGGAGCCGCACCGCAAACGGUCGUACCUGUCGUGCCGGAAUUUGAAUCCGGAAUUUGUGCCUUAGAGGAAGGGAACGGGUAACAGAUCAGGUUGCUAGUGAUAUUGUACUUUUGUUUUUAUUUUCUUUGCAUUUCCUAUCCCUGUUGUGUACGUCCUACCUGGUAGGUUUGUUAUGAAAAUUAGUAAUAAUCAAUGUGCAAAGCUUGCGGGCCCUUCUGUCCUUAAUGUGUCAGCUUAGCGUACGAUAAGUAGCACCUAGUGUUUCCUUCAAAAGACGAACAAAAAGUAAUUCUUCUAAGGAUUAAGGAGUUUCGGUACCUCAGUGCUUAAUAAAUUGCUCAAAAAGUGCAACAUA